CAGUAAAAGACACACGAAGGCUUACCGGAAAAGACCGGAAGUGGCUGUGGACUUCAAAGGGGGAUUGUGUUGACUCGCUUUCCAGCGUCCAAACUUGUCAUUCGUUCGAACUUUCACUCACUUAGGACUUUUCCCUGCAGUUCGACAUUUGGGCGGUACCGGACUGUUGUAUCUCCUCCGGUCCGAGAGCGGUUCUCCUCCGGCCGACGGCUGCUGUGAUGGCGGCUUCUAGUUCCGCGCCUCAUGCCGGCGAUGUGGAAGAAGACGCAUCUCAGCUGCUCUUUCCUAAAGAGUUUGAGAAUUCGGAGACGCUGCUCAAUUCGGAGGUGCACAUGUUGCUGGAGCAUCGCAAGCAGCAGAAUGAGAGCGUUGAAGACGAGCAGGAACUGUCCGAGGUCUUCAUGAAGACCCUCAACUACACGGUCCGCUUUAGCCGCUUCAAGAACCGAGAGACCAUCACGGCUGUGCGCAGCCUCCUCCUGCAGAAGAAGCUGCACAAGUUUGAGCUGGCAAGUCUGGCGAACCUGUGUCCCGAGGCUGCGGAGGAAGCCAAGGCCCUCAUCCCCAGUUUGGAGGGGCGCUUUGAGGAUGAAGAACUACAGCAAAUUCUGGAUGACAUUCAGACCAAGAGAAGCUUCCAGUAUUGAGAAUCUGGACCAGGACAGCCACAUAGUUCAAGACUGAACUGACCUAUGGCUGAUUAUGUCAAAAGAAAAUUAUCAUUUUGUGUGGUGUUAGAUUUAGUGCUCUGUUCAAGGGUUGUGUUAAGUUCUGGUGGUCAGAGUUCUGGUUCCAGUAGCAAUAAAGCACAUUGCUUUUUUUUUAUAUAUAUAUAUAUCGUAGAUGAAAAAGUUGUGAUGUAUUAACUACGGUCCAAGCAGCAGAACACACCUCCACUUCACACACUAGUAUUUUGAUUAGAUAAGUGUGUCCGGACGCUUACCACCUGAAUUCGAUGUCUUGGCUAUGUAACGGAAGGGGAAGGACUAACUUGAGUUGUAGUUGUUUAUCCGCUUCUUCCCUCCUAGUCGAUUGAAACCAAUCAAGUUAGUCCCACUCCUUUUGCUAUCGCUGUACUGCACUGCAUUUUGCAUGCUUGUGCGAUAAAAAGUGUGUGCCAACGAUGGUGAGUGCCAGUGAUGCAUACUUAUCACCCGCAAUGGUCGCCAUCUUGGCGAUUUGUGGUAAGUGUGCAACAACAGUAAAUUAUUUAGGACGGCACUACCGCAAUCAAAAGUUGCACCCUCAGGAAGUAAGUACACAGUGGACACAGUAUAGUUAUUGAAAGUGUGCCGACACAGCCUGUGACCUUCAUAUAGGAAACAGGAAGUGUGCGAGUUCCACAACGUCAGCUUUAUUUGUUUUACCUAAAACUGAAAGGGUUUAAAUAAACUCUUGCCCGCUCCAGAGUUCACAACCCGACUCGGCUCAGAGGUCAUGACCUGACGCUAGAGGCCACACAGUCCACUCAGACAGCCGAUUGGUUGACAAGACGGAAGGUGGGGUUGGAUGUUAGUGGGUGUGGUCUCACAGAUAGCCUUCCUUCCUGAACUGCUCCUGCAGGACGUCUCGGUACUCGUCAAAGCCGCCGUCCAUGCGCCAAACUUUCCCGCUUUCACAAACCCACAGCUCCUUACACACCAUCCGGAUCAGACG